AUGGCUAUUAUUAUCCCCCCAACCCCCAAUUCCUAUCUCACGAGGGACGAAUAUACCAUCCUACGUCACUCUCAGGAUAACCACCUUACACGCGAGUUUGCCGGUCUUCACCACUCAAUCGAUGGCAUCAAGCGUGAACUCAAGGAGUUCAAGGAGGACGUAAAGCUCCAAUUCACUGCUGUCGACCAGCGAUUCAAUGCUGUCGAUCAACGACUCGACAUUGUCCAACUCCAACUCAACGAAAAUACCGCCGAGAUCCGUCAAUCCGCCGCAUACUCCCGAAAUUCAAGCAUCAAGAAUCCAUACCAACGCAUUACACCACUCGUCGCAUACAGGCCCGCACACGGCCUCGCUGACCCCGAUCUCGACUUCUUUCCGAAAACUGCCGAUGAGUUCUAUAAGCUUAGGUCUCCCAUCACGUCUGCUCAACGAAAGAUGCUGCAUUAUCUUAUCAAUUUCUACGACCUCACCAAUGACCCAUCCAUCCUACCUGUUGAUCGAAGCGUCGACGACGGCGAUAUCGAUCCAUCACCAUUUCCUUACGACCCGGUUAGAGCCGUCGAGUCGAUUGAGGUCGUCUUGGGCCUUGACGAGGAGAAGAUCAUUGCUUUCAAACAACGAGCACAGCAAUAUGCCGCUCAAACCCUUCACUUACCCUCUAAGCGCCCCAAUAUAGCCUCGAAUAACGAAUUAGAACACCUAGCUCGACGUCCGAAAUUCGACCCCACCUCGCCCACCUCUCGUCACCCUGACUCGUCUCGGAUUGGGAGACCGCUCAACCCCGUCUUCCCGGAGGCCAAGGAUCCACGACUUUAG